AUGGCCGAGAAGAAGCAAGCGGCCAAGCCCGGCGGCGAGGAGGAGGAGGAAGUGCCAGCCUUCUUCAAGAACCUGGGCUCCGGCAGCCCCAAGCCCCGCCAGAAAUUCUGUGGCAUGUUCUGCCCGGUGGAAGGCUCCUUGGAGAACAAGACCAUCGAUUUCGACUCCCUCUCCAGCGGACGCGGCUCUCCCACCGGCAAGAUCGUGGCCAAGCAGCGGGACGUGGCUCACCUCGGACCCGACGCUCCCUCCGUCUCCUCGUGGCCAGGCAGGAAGGUGGAGAUCCGGAGAACGGCCGGCAAGGAGGCUUUGCAGAACCUGAACGACAAGAGUGAUCGCCUUUUGAUCAAAGGAGGCAAAAUAGUCAACGAUGACCAGUCCUUCUAUGCAGACAUUUAUAUGGAAGAUGGGUUGAUAAAACAAAUAGGGGAGAACCUCAUUGUGCCAGGAGGGGUAAAAACCAUCGAGGCUCAUGGGCGAAUGGUGAUCCCUGGAGGAAUUGAUGUCCAUACCCGUUUCCAAAUGCCUGACCAAGGAAUGACCUCCGCUGAUGACUUCUUCCAAGGGACAAGAGCAGCCCUGGCUGGAGGCACCACUAUGAUCAUUGAUCAUGUUGUUCCGGAGCCCGGCACCAGUUUGAUUUCUGCAUUUGAUCAGUGGCGAGAAUGGGCCGACAGCAAGUCCUGCUGCGAUUACUCUUUGCACGUGGACAUCACAGAGUGGCACAAGGGAGUUCAAGAGGAGAUGGAAGCUCUGAUUAAAGAUCAUGGAGUCAAUUCCUUCUUGGUGUAUAUGGCUUUCAAGGACCAUUUUCAGCUAACAGAUUCUCAGAUUUAUGAGGUCCUGAGCGUAAUCCGCGACAUUGGUGCAAUAGCUCAAGUCCAUGCUGAGAAUGGAGACAUCAUAGCAGAGGAGCAGCAAAGGAUCUUGGAACUGGGGAUCACUGGCCCUGAAGGGCAUGUUCUGAGCAGGCCUGAAGAAGUGGAGGCCGAAGCUGUGAACCGGGCUAUAACCAUUGCCAACCAAACCAACUGCCCCUUAUACAUCACCAAAGUGAUGAGCAAAAGUGCCGCAGAAGUGAUUGCCUUGGCCAGGAAGAAGGGCACUGUGGUGUAUGGCGAGCCCAUUGCAGCAAGCUUAGGUACCGAUGGAUCUCAUUACUGGAGUAAAAACUGGGCCAAAGCAGCUGCUUUUGUCACUGCUCCACCACUGAGUCCUGACCCGACUACUCCGGACUUCCUCAAUUCUCUGCUGUCCUGUGGAGAUCUCCAGGUUACUGGCAGUGGCCACUGUACUUUCAAUACUGCCCAGAAAGCUGUUGGGAAGGACAAUUUCACUUUGAUCCCGCAAGGAACCAAUGGAACUGAGGAACGGAUGUCCAUCAUCUGGGAUAAAGCCGUGGUGGGUUGUUUUGGAUUGGAUUGGGAUCAAGCCUACCAAUGCUAA